AGAGCUCAGAAGGAUAUUUCCUCAACAUGGCUGAGAAAAACUUUUCCAUGAAACGAAGGGAAAGGAAGGAGAGAGAAGCCGCCGAGAUGAAUAAGGACGUAAAAGAACUGAAGAAAGAAGAGGAGAAGGGAGCGGACGGUGCAGAGGCAUCGGGCGACGGCGACGGCGCCGCGGAGCAGAAUGGAGACUUUCAGGUUGAACCGAUGGAACUACCGCCUUUUGAAAUAAUCGCAGGGGACCGGAUCAACCCUUUCACCUUCAAGUUCCAGUUCAAGAACGUGGAAUAUUCAUCGGGCCGCAACAAAACCUUCCUGUGUUACUUGGUGGAUGACGGGAACGCGUCCGACGGGCUGCAGAGGGGCUACCUGGAGGACGAGCACGCUGGGGUCCAUGCAGAGGAGGCCUUCUUCACACAGUGCAUGUCACACUACGACCCUGCCCUCAAAUACACAGUCACCUGGUAUGUGUCUUCCAGUCCCUGUGCUGCUUGUGCUGCAAAGAUAGCUGAAGUGUUGACGGCCAGGAAAAACUUUCGGCUGAGCAUCUUUGCCGCUCGGCUGUUUGAGUGGGAGGAGGCGGAGAUUCAGGACGGGCUGAAAGCGCUGCACGCCGCUGGCUGCAAGCUGAGGGUCAUGAAGCCUCUGGACUUUUCCUACACCUGGGACACGUUUGUGGAGAACGAGGAUGAAGCCCUCAACCUGUGGGAGGACUGCAAAGAGAACUACGAAUAUUAUCAUGAAAAGCUGGCGGACAUUCUGCAGUGACCACAGAAACCCGUGUGGCCAGCAGCCGUCCUGGAUUCUCUCCCGACGUGAUUCAGCCUGUUCCAUCUCUGAUUAUCACUGUUCUUUCUUCUCACUGGGAUUGAAAUCUGGUGAAAUCACUUUCAGCAUGCCACCCAGUGCUUUCAGCACGUGGCUGCUUUAUAGUAUACUGUGUAUGUAUAGGUUAGGGUUUGCAAUUGGCUCAGAGAAAACUCAUUUUCCUGUCAUUGAGAUUUUUAGUUUGUUUCUCCUGUUCAGCUGAAUUAUGACUCGAUUCUUCAUCUGAAGCUUGAAAAUGUUCCACACAUCCUCCU